UGGAUCAAGUUCAGGGGUAUUUUAAUAAUUAAGCCGAGAAAGUUAGACAUUUAACAGUACUUUCUAAUCUGCAGAACAGACAUGAUUGCAACUGAAGUAUAGUGAGUUCCAGCAUGCUCUAAAGUUCUUUGCGAAUCGAAACUGAAAUGCAAGUCUCUCUCCUUAGGUUUUCUAGGAGCUCAAUACGCUUCUGCUUUUGCUAAUUUACGUAAAUGGCUUGCAAUGGUGCAAAAAAGCCCUUGCUGUCAGGAUUGGUGGAUUCCACCUCUCCAAGAAUUGAUGAAUGUACUCCCUACAGAAGAAGGUUUCGCCGUGUUAAAAGUGCUCCUGUAACAGAGCUUGUUCCUUCAGAUAUUAGUGGCAAUGGACCAAUUCCACGUUAUGAAUCCUUUUUUGGGGGACGUCACCAGAGCCUGAAGCAAGUAGCUGUAUUCUUGGCUGUCUACUUGGGUCUUGGCACUCUAUGUUUUUAUGUUGUCAGGGGUGAUAUCAAAGGGAAGAAAUCAAAUCCAAUUCUUGAUUCUUUAUAUUUUUGUAUCGUAACGAUGACCACUGUAGGAUACGGAGACCUGGUGCCUGAUAGUGCUCCUGUGAAAUUACUUGCCUGUGUUUUUGUCUUCACAGGGAUGCUUCUUAUUGGAUUGAUACUCAGCAAAGCAGCAGACUAUUUGGUGGAGAAGCAGGAAAUAUUACUGAUUAAAGCUCUCCGCAUGCACCAAAAACUUGAUCCAGCUGCAUUUCUUAAGGAAAUUGAAACCAACAAGGUCAAAUACAAAUGCUAUUUGGCCAUAAUUAUUCUUUCAGUGCUUAUGCUGGUUGGAACCAUUUUCCUAUACAUGGUUGAGGACUUGGACAUCAUUGAUGCUUUCUACUGUGUCUGCUCUACCGUUACAACUCUAGGUUAUGGAGACAAGAGCUUCUCAACUGUAUAUGGUCGUAUGUUUGCUGUAUUUUGGAUACUGACGGGUACUAUUGCUUUAGGCCAGUUAUUUCUUUACAUUGCUGAGCUAUUCACUGAAAGCAGACAGAGGGCAUUGGUGAACUGGGUUCUUACCAGAAGGAUGACCCAUUUAGAUUUGGAGGCAGCAGACAUAGAUGAUGAUGGUGUUGUUGGGGCUGCCGAGUUCGUUGUAUACAAGCUUAAAGAGAUGGGAAAGAUCAGCGAAGAAGAUAUUGCACUAGUAAUGAAGGAGUUUGAGGAUCUUGAUGUUGAUCAAUCUGGAACCUUGUCAGCUUCUGAUAUCAUGGCACAGGCAACUCAAACACACAAGUGACUGAACCAUCAGCAAGAGAAUGUUUCUUGUAUCGAGUUUACCUCAGUUUGUUCAUGGAUUUUCUACUUUCAUCUUCAAAAAAGGUCAUUGCGUGCGAGUUCACUA